AUGACUACAACAAAAACAAGAGCGCCAGCAACACCAACAGUGGAAACAAUAGCAGCAGCAGGAGGAGCAUCCCUUCCCAUGCAUGCCAGUUUACAAGCAGCAGAGGUGUCAACGCAAUCAGGGUUUGAUCUCCAAUCAGAUGCAAUAUUAGACAGGCUGUCGAAACGCAUGCCUGCUGAGAAAUACACAUCGCUAUGCACACAUCUUGGCAUCGAAUACUACGAAGCUGACAAGAUCCUACUUCGAGUUUCCAAUGACUACCAGAGAGCUACUAGGUCUUGCUUGGCACAGUGGAAAACAAGGACUGGUGGUGAUAUGGCUCAACUGAAGACUAUUCUUCAGGAGAUAGAUGUUGGAGAUCUAGCAAAAUAUAUCGAAUAGUCGUAAUAGCUAGCAACUCACUUGAAGUAGUGGAAGAAAUUAAAACAGAGGCUUGGGUGUGAUAAUGUAUGUGCAAUAUGAUAUACUUACAUGCCAACCUUCCACAGCUAAAAAUAAAGGACUCUCUGCAUGUGAAAAAAGAAUCCAUUAUGCUUCUACACGGAAUCUGUCGGAACAGAUGGUGUGUCUAAUAGAUUUGAGAGCUAAUGCGGUUUUUGGAUUUCUUAAAUGGAAUUUUUAGAUGAAAGGUUUUUCACGACACCUGUUUGUCUACGUUACACAAUCCACGGAUCGAGGGUACUGUGGAAAUACGUCAGAGUAAAUUGUCUUGACACAGUAGACAGCUUAACUAACAUGUUCAGAUUUAUGGAUGUUUCUUUCCUGGGCACCUAGAGACGAGUUAUUCUAAUAACCUGUUUUUAAUGAAUGGACUACAAUACCUGGAAUCCAUGGUGCAAGCAGGCCUGGGUGCAUACAUACCUUGGUGCUAUGUUGGGCAAGUCUCGGGCAAGCUUUCGGGUUUCUAUCUUU